CAAUCGAAGGACAUCAUGAAAACAUGCACGUUUGUGACAGGUAACCCAAAUAAGGUUAUUGAGGUCAAUGCUAUUAUAGGCGACUCGAUCCCCAUUCGGGCCCUCGCAUUGGACAUUCCAGAGAUUCAAGGGUCGUUGGAAGAUAUCGCGCGAGAUAAGUGCCGACGUGCCGCCAAAAUUGUCAAUGGACCGGUGAUCGUGGAAGACUCGGCCUUGGAAUUUCAUGCGAUGAAUAGGCUUCCAGGGCCAUACAUUAAAUAUUUCCUCGAAGAACUUGGGAAUGAUGGGUUGAACAAACUCUUGAUUCCGUACGAAGACAAAAGUGCGGAUGCGGUCUGCACUUUUGCCUUUACCCCAGGGCCCACCAGCGAGCCCUUGGUCUUUCAAGGAAGACUUCAUGGCAAAAUUGUUGCUGCAAGGGGACCUCCCGUAUUCGGAUGGGAACCAAUUUUCGAGCACGAAGGAGAAACACUUGCGGAAAUGGCCCAUGAAAAGAAGAACAAGUUAUCCCAUCGCUAUCAAGCCUUGUGCAAAUUCCAAGAAUGGCUGGCUACGGGCGGAAAUUGA